CCGAGAAAAAAAUGAGACCAAACUGGAUUAACGUUUCAAUAACUGCGUUGAUCGUGACGAUGCUCGUGAUUGCAGUUUGCCAAGCGGAAGAUGGAGGUGGAGGAGGAGGAGGCGGCGGAGGAGGACGGAAGACGCCGACCCUGAUCGACUCCGGGUUUGGGACGACAGUGAAGGCAGGUGCAAAAGGUUCUCGUUUGCAGACUACGCCAUCAACGACGACGACAACGAAGAAAAAGCGAAAGAAGCCCAGUACGGACGAUGAUGAUGACGAUGAGGAUGACUUCCUGGACUUCCUGGGUGAUGAUGACGAUGAUAGCGACGACGACGAUGAUGAGGAAGAGGAAGAAGAUGAGGAAGAGGAGGACGAGGAAGAACAGGAAGAGGAAGCCGAGGAGGAAACCAGCACCGACGGCGCUAGUCGGUUGUGGUCAGCGGAUGCAUUCAAUAAGAUCUCCCAAACUUUGGGGGCAUUGAACACGGUCGGUAGGUAUAUUGUGAAUAUCACCAAGGGGCAGGAAGCUGCUCCGGUCAACUCGAUCAACAUAGAUCGGAAGGAGAACGUCCCAGAUGCGAUACUCACCUUGACGAAAACGAUGUUGGGAGCGAAUGUUACCAAGACCAUUGAACCGUUAAUCAAGCGUGUGGGAGGGCCAGAGGUAGAAUCCACGACCAGUCCGGCGGUGACGAUGCCAACGACUACGGACACUACGACGACCACUGAGUUGACCACGUCUACGACUGAGGUUGUGGAAGCGGUAACCGAGGAGCAGCCUUUGGUGGUACAGAAGAAGGAGGACGUCGCUGCCGCGACUCCAUCCAGCGCUAUGCAAAAGAAGAAGAAAAAGAAGAAGAACAAGGUCAAGAGGAAGGAUCCAACGCACGUGGAGACCACCAAGAAACCUGCUACAGCUAACAAAAUCGUUGAAUCGACCAAGGACGCGGAGAAUCAGUGCACAACACCGGAUGGUCGACCUGGGCGUUGUGAAGAUCUGAGUACCUGUCCGGGUCUGCUGCUGGAUCUGACACAUCUCCGAGAGUCGCUGUGCUUCAAACGUCUUUUCGUACCGGGAGUGUGUUGCCCGACUCCGACCAGUACAGUGCUCACGACGCAGCGACCAACCCAGCGCCCGAUACCUCAGACAACGUCACAGAGCUUAGUGCUCAGUCCACUUACCCAUAAACCGACGACUACAAAGCGUCCAUUGGUUCCGGUGUUCACCGUUCCAACAUCGACGGAACAGAUACUGGCUGCCACGCUGAGGCCUAUUACAGAAAACGUAGUUGAUCCGGAGGACUGCGGACAGCAGGAGUACUCUUCCGGGCGAAUCGUCGGUGGUAUCGAAGCUCCCGUUGGUCAGUGGCCUUGGAUGGCCGCAAUUUUCCUGCACGGUCCGAAGAGGACGGAAUUCUGGUGCGGGGGUUCGUUGAUCGGGACCAAGUACAUCCUGACGGCGGCGCAUUGUACGCGGGACUCUCGACAGCGGCCGUUCGCAGCUCGCCAGUUUACCGUACGGUUGGGGGAUAUUGAUCUGUCGACGGACUCCGAACCAUCGGCGCCGGUAACGUUCAAGGUGACGGAAGUGCGAGCUCACCCGAAGUUUUCCCGGGUUGGUUUCUACAAUGACAUUGCCAUUUUGGUUCUGGAUCGGCCCGUUCGCAAGUCCAAGUACGUGAUUCCGGUGUGCACGCCCAAGUCGAAUCUGCCGUCGAAGGAUCGGAUGGCUGGUCGCCGAGCAACGGUGGUCGGUUGGGGUACGACCUACUACGGCGGGAAGGAGUCGACCAAGCAGCAGCAGGCCACGCUGCCGGUGUGGCGCAACGAGGACUGUAACCAUGCGUACUUCCAGCCCAUCACGGAUAAUUUCCUGUGCGCCGGCUUCUCGGAGGGAGGAGUCGACGCCUGCCAAGGGGACUCCGGUGGGCCGUUGAUGAUGCUGGUCGAAGCCCGCUGGACGCAGGUCGGAGUGGUUUCGUUCGGGAACAAGUGCGGCGAACCGGGCUAUCCUGGCGUCUAUACCAGGGUGAGCGAGUACAUGGAGUGGAUACGGGAGAACACCAAGAAAUGAGGGAGAAAGAGAGAGAGAGAGAGGGGAACUUCCUCGGGAAAACAACAAUCGCCAUAAGGAGAAAUAACGAUACAAAUUUGUGAUAGAAGAAGAGAAGACGCGAUUAGUUAAACGAGUAUUUUGUAUAUAAUUUAUUUUUUCCUCCCUUGUCUUUUAAACAAUAGUUCUUAAAUCUUAUUUAUGUAACUUAUACACAGCAUUUUUCUUCUUCGUAAAGUACAGGAAAGGAAAGAAAAAUCUUAGCUAGUAAAAAAUGUACAACUCUGUAAUUGUUCUUCUUCUGCUUCUUCUGUGCUAAUUCACUGUAUUUUUUUUUUGUUUUGGUUUCUUAAAUUUCCUUAUCCAUCAUUAGAUUAGUUAACGAGUAAUAAAAUUCUUCCAUUCGUGGUGUGUAUGCGCUAGCGAUUCUAUUCCGUAGUCGUAGUCGGUAUUAACAAAGAAAAAUAAAAUCACGUGUACAGUA